UCAGAGGUCAGCCAUGCAGCGGUUUGCGGCAGCGAGUGGAGUGUUGUUGGCCCGUCUGUCCGCCUGUCGCCUGCUGUUGGCCUCGGGCAAGCGCUUACGGGAGGAUGGUAGCACCGGGAGGCUGCUUCCUACCUGCUGUCAUCACCGCGGUUUCAGGUCUGAUGGCCGGAGCCUGGCUUAUGCCAAGGAACUGAUUCUGGGGAAGAUCAACCAGAAAGAAGUUUUUCCCUAUCCAGAGAUCAGUAAUGAAGAAUUGGAAGAGAUUAAUCAACUUGUUGCACCUGUGGAAAAAUUUUUCAGUGAAGAUGGUAUGUUGUUUUGCCUAAUAUUAGUUGCUGGAAGUGAUGCAGCAUCGAUUCAGACCAGAGCAACUCUCAGUGAUGACGGACAGCACUAUUUGCUCAAUGGCUCAAAGAUCUGGAUAUCAAAUGGUGGAAUUGCAGAAAUUUUCACAGUGUUUGCACGAACAGAAGUGAUUGACAAAGAUGGUACAACUAAGGACAAGAUCACGGCUUUUUUGGUGGAGAGAGAUUUUGGUGGAAUUACCAGUGGGAAACCAGAAGACAAACUAGGAAUCCGUGGAUCUAAUACAUGUGAAGUUCAUUUUGAGAAUACCAAAGUGCCAGUAGAAAAUGUCCUGGGAGAAGUUGGUGGUGGAUUUAAGGUGGCCAUGAGGAUCUUGAAUAGUGGACGCUUUAGCAUGGGAAGUGCAUCUGCAGGAAUGAUUAAAAAACUUAUUGAGAUGACAGCAGAGUAUGCUUGUACCCGCAAGCAAUUUGACAGGAAGCUGAGUGAGUUUGGGCUGAUUCAGGAAAAGUUUACGCUGAUGGCGAUGCAAGCAUAUGUAAUGGAGAGCAUGGCUUACUUGACUGCAGGAAUGAUGGACCGUCCAGGAGAGCCAGAUUGUUCUGUAGAAGCAGCCAUGGUGAAGAUUUACAGUUCUGAGGGUGCCUGGAUAUGCAUCAGUGAGGCUCUGCAGAUUCUGGGAGGCCUUGGCUAUAUGAAAGAUUAUCCAUAUGAGCGAUUUCUCAGGGAUAGCCGAAUUCUUCUGAUUUUUGAGGGGACUAAUGAAAUUCUCCGGAUGUACGUAGCCUUGACUGGUUUGCAGCAUGCAGGAAAGGUCCUUACCGAGAAAAUAAAAGCGAUGAAGAGAGGAAACAUUGGAGUUGUGUUGGAGCUUUUAGGAAAAAGAUUAGGAAGUACUUUUUUCAAAGAAGUGGAUUAUGGUCUCACUGGCAAAAAUGGUGUUGUGCAUCCUAGUUUGAAGGACAGUGCCAAAAAAUUGGAGGAGAAUGUGUAUUAUUUGGGAAGCACGGUGGAAAACCUAUUGUACAGAUACGGCAAGACAAUAGUAGAAGAACAACUGGUAGUGAAAAGAGUGGCUGAUAUUCUUAUAAACAUUUAUGCGAUGACGGCAGUUAUCUCAAGAGCUAGUCGCUCUAUCAGCAUUGGCCUUUGCAAUCAUGACCAUGAGGUUUUACUUGCCAACACCUUUUGCUCUGAGGCCUAUUUCCGGAAUAAUUACCUUUUGGCUCAACUACAGAAAAAUUCUUCUGAAAACCUUGAUGACAGCAUUAAGAAAAUAGCACAGCAGGUGCUGGAAAAGAGAGCAUACAUUUGCUCACAUCCACUUGAUCGAACAUUUUAGAACAUAUAUGAUCUU